AUGGCUUCCAAGGCUGUAGCGAAAGUCGCCGCAGGCGGUGCCAUGAAGAUAUCAACAAAACAAACCCUCCAAUCCGUCGGUAUCUGGGAGCGCAUCCGCCGCUCACUCGCAAUCGCCCCCGAACGCUCCAACGGCGUGCCCCUCAACCCCCACUUCCGCUGGCCCACGCCCGGCGGCCAAGAUCCUCUCACCUACGAUGAUCCAGUGACUGCCCCAGCCGGCGACAUCGCCGACAACCCCUAUUGGAAACGCGACACCCGCCGCAACUACCCGCGCCUGUCCGUUGUGGCCCAGGCUGAUGCCGCUGCCCUGCUUACAGUCGGCAACGCCGCGAACCCCAAGGUCGAACUUAUCGGCGAGGAAGGCAGCAAGGCGCUCGUGGCAGCCGAGGCCGAGGGCGAGGAGAAGGGUCUCGCCAAGGUGUUUGAGGAGAAGGGCGUGGAUGUGGCAAGGGAGCUCCUCGUGAAUGGGCUGCCACCGCUGCCCAGCGGAGAGAGCUUGAAGAGUGGUUCCUGGGACGUGCACCAUUGGGAGUUAACGGAGGAGCAGGCUUACAGCGAGAAAUAUCCUUGCCGGACCUUCCAGUAG